CCUUCAUUCCCACGCUCAUUUCAGCAAAGAAGCUAUCGAACGCAUUCCUCGACCUCGAUCACAUUUGCGCUCUGCUCGUUUGCUCGACACGAUCGCCCACAAUCAGCCGGUCCAAGAUAGAUAGACGCGAUAGCGCAUCCACAUCCGACCACCACGCAUUCACCCGAAAUCAAGAUGGCCCCUGACAAGGAAAAGACUGGAAUAGGCUUUGGCGGUCUGCGAACGAAGUCAGUCGCACCACCACAGCAGCAGACACGCACAGAUAAUGGGAUUAUAACUCUGAGAUACGAGGAAGCUAUUCCUGCGAAACCGCCGAUUGCAGUCACGGUCGCACCGCCGGCGCGCGCUCCAAUCGACAUACACCCUGCGCUGAGGAGACCGAAGAGCAGUGUCGCGGAGACCGACGAAAGGAAGAGGGACAGCGGGUUGGCGCCUACGACCUCGAGCAAGGCCCGAGAGGGUUCUGUGACGACGGUGGAUGAGAAUGUUCUGGGGGUGAAGAUGGAUUUCGAUUCCAGUUUUCAGAGCGCGAUUACGCCGCAGUCACCAGUUCCAAGCACGCCCACACCGCAGGUUACGAGACUUGAUAGUGUAGGCUCGGGGAGCAUUAGUCGGUGGAGGAAGCCAGGGUCGAGGAAGAGUAGCAUGCCGAAGACACCUAGGACGCCUACGUCGAAGUCAACACCGGAGGAAUUUACCCCUAUUAGCACGCCAAUCCCAACUGAGAGCCUGAUAGAUGAGGAAUUUUUGGAGUCGCUCUCGUUUUCAAAGAGGGGCAGUAUGAUGUUGGGAGGAAAGAAAGCGGUCAACGGUCAUGUGCGGACACAUGGUGGACGAAGACAACCCAGUUUCUCUUUGUUAGCUUCGCCAUCUAUCAAAAUAUUGUCGGAUGAUCUUGAGAAGGACUCAAAGAAGGUUAGAUCGAUGUAUGAACAAGGAAUUGGUUUGGAUUGGGAGGAUGGCAAAUAUGCACCAAUGGCUAAGAGAGCAAAUGUUGAGGAAGCUUUGGCGGAAGAAGAGCCAGCAGUAUCAAAUGGUCACUUACGUCCAAAUGGGCAUGUAGCGUAUCAAAGGCCAGAGACAGCAAUGUCUGUCAGGCAAGAGCACGAGCUAGCAGGAGGGAUCGAAGACUGGGAAGAUAUCGACGGUCACGAUGUUGACCGAUACGGCUUCAUAAAGCUGCAAAGGAAGCUUUCAAGGCCUGGUACACCGGAACCAAGGCCGCCUCAACGAGUCUCUACCGUUCUACAACAGGCAUCCGAGACACCAAGGAAGCAGCGAGGCUUUACCAGAUCUCCUUCUUCUGCAGCAAACUCGACCAGGGGAACCUUCAAGCGAGCCCCCAGUCGCAAAGUCUCUGCAAGAUCUUUGAAUACUGUUGCUUCAAAUAGCUCUCAGAGGAGUACGAGCCGCAUUCGAGCCGCUGCAAAUCGUCUGCCAGGCAAUAGGGACCGGAGGUGGAUGGACGAAGCAGGUGAUAUGCUCACACUACCUCCAGGAUUAGCCGACAUCGCAGAAGACGAGGAAGGGGGCAGGGCUGUAGAAGGUCUCAAGAAGAAAGAAUGGGAACGAGCUGAGAAAUGGAGGAAAAUGGCCAAAGUUCUGAAGACCGGGAAAGAUGGAGAGGGCAUGGAAUUCGAAUUCGAUGCCCGAAGUCCCAAGCUCAUCGAGAGAACUUGGAAGGGCAUUCCUGACAGAUGGCGAGCUGCAGCCUGGUACUCUUUCUUGAACACCUCGGCAAAGAGGAGAAAAGAUAGUCCAUCUGACGAGUCGAUCAUUCAGGCCUUCCACAAAUUACAGGAUGCCAGCUCUGCCGAUGAUGUCCAGAUCGACAUCGAUGUGCCCAGGACGAUCAACAGCCAUAUAAUGUUCAGGAAAAGAUAUCGAGGUGGUCAACGACUCUUAUUCCGAGUUCUCCAUGCCCUGUCAUUAUAUUUCCCAGUCACCGGUUACGUUCAAGGGAUGGCAUCCUUAGCAGCAACACUUCUUUGCUAUUUCGACGAGGAGAAAACCUUCGUGAUGUUGGUACGGAUGUGGACGCUCAGAGGGCUUGACAAGCUCUACGAGCCAGGCUUCCCAGGACUAAUGGCUGCUCUCGAUGAAUUCCACAAGCAAUGGCUUGACGGCGGUCAAGUAUCUAAGAAACUCACCGGGCUUAAUAUCGAGCCCACCGCCUACGGCACCCGCUGGUACCUCACCCUCUUCAACUACUCCAUCCCCUUCCCUGCACAACUCCGCGUCUGGGACAUCUUCAUGCUCCUCGGGGACUCUGAUCCCUCUCUCAAACCAACCAAAGACCGACCCUUCUGCGGCGGCCUCGAUGUCCUGCACGCCACUUCUGCGGCGCUCAUUGAUGGCACUAGGGAGAUUCUCCUUGACAGCGAUUUCGAGAACGCGAUGAAGGUGCUUACAAGCUGGAUUCCAGUCAAGGACGAGGAGCUGCUCAUGAAGGUUACGAAAGCGGAGUGGAAGUUGCAUCGGAGGAAGAGGGUGUGAUUUACCUUUAUCUUCGGCUUCGACAUCGGUUCCUGAAUUCAUGGACCGGAAAUUGGAAGGCUUCUUUCCAUAACACCCGCACACGACACUUUCUUUUGUUAGACACACGCAUACGGAUACGAGUCCCAGACUCGUUCCAU